CAUAAUGACCAGCCUGCUUGUAACCAUAAUAAACGCCUCAGAAAGAGCCGCGCAAAUCGCUCGUUCCUGUUGUGAAGGUGAGCCCGACGAAACCAAGCUCUUAGUUACUGAAAAGGGCAGUGACGGCAACUCACGGUUCGACAGUGACUUUAAAACCCUAGCCGAUGUACUCGCUCAAGAAGCGGCUAGACAUGAAAUUAAAAAAAGCUUCCCUGGCCUCUCUGAGCAUGUCCGGGGCGAAGAGCGCGCUGAAAUAGAUGGUGUUACCAUAUCUAUCAAAGAAGACUGUAAUGAGACUAAGAAAAUGCUUAGUGCAGUUGUGCCCGAGGCUGCGGCUGAGCGCAUGGCUAAGGCUGCCCAUGCUGAACCAUGCAGCAGACUUACUGCUACACUACCUGGUGACCUGCCAGACAUAGAUCCAGAUGACUUGGGCAUUUGGAUUGAUCCAAUAGAUGGAACAGCAGAGUUCAUAGCAGGGGUUUCUGGCAAAGCUGAGGAAGGACAUGGGUUGCUGCAUGUGACUGUUCUGAUUGGAGCUUACUCAAGGACCACUGGAGAACCAGUGCUAGGAGUUAUUAAUCAACCAUUUUACAAUAAUGGCAAAGGUCAGGUUCUGUGGGGUUUGUGCUUUGAAGACAAAACUUUCCAUGGCACCAGUGAAGACUUUACUGAACCAGAACAAAAGAAUACUGUUCUAAUGAGUUCUGCAGAGAAACCAGAGAUUAAAGCCAUGUUUGAAAAGAACCACUGGGUAGUGAAGACACCUCCUGGAGCUGGGUUCAAGUUGUUAAGCGUAGCUCUUGGUGAAGCCUCUCUGUACACUAUGUCCCUUGGAACUACCUACCGUUGGGACACCUGCGGCCCACACGCCAUAUUAAAAGCCAAAGGGGGUGACAUAGUGAGCCACACCAGUUCUCUGCCGCUGACAUACAAUGACCCACCUAAUGAAGAUCCUCAAAGCUUUUGUAACUCGGAAGGCAUCACAGCCUUCUGUCAUAGAGAAGUCUUUGAGCUUGCAAACAAUUUUCUUGCUACUGGAAGUUAGAUUUGUUAUGAAAGGGUGUUUCGAUCAUUUUAAAAAUAUAAAUUUCCUCAAAGAUAAUAAUAAUAUUAUUGGGUGAGGUCCUCAUUAAAUCAUGUCUUCUUCAAUUAUUUUAUAAAUUUAAAUGUUGGUGCAUUUGUUGUUUUAGUAUUCUAUAAUAUUAAUAUUUUAUGUAUUAAAUUGUUGAUCUCAUUAGCUUUAAAGUAAGCAUUUACGAUACAAAAUGUAUAUUGUAAAGUAAUAUUACUAGAGAUAUAAGUUAAUGUAGGGUUAUUAUUAUUAAC